AUGCAACUGCUGUUCAACUUGGCAGUUGUUGUUUAUUUGCCAUUGCUGGCGAUCGCGUGGAGUAUUCCGUUCUUCUCAACUGAAAAGAACGGUGAAGUCUAUUUGUAUCAUGGAUCUCCGAGAGAAGCUGAUCCAGAAUCACUUCGAAUAAAACGACAAGCCUAUCAGGUGUUUGUUGGAGGUGACGUAUCAGUGACUGUCGACAAAUCAGGUCAAGCCGAAACAGGCGUUUGGGGUCCGUGGUUGGGCGAUCAGGAAUGCUCAAGGACAUGUGGAGGUGGCGUUAAGAUCGAAAAACGUCAAUGCAAGUUGGUGUUUUUCGAAGUCUACGAUUGCACGAUAUUUUUGAGAUUGCAUUUCCAUUUCAACAAAUCAGCACACUGCACAAUCAAAAUUCUUCAGUUAAUUCUGUACGAACGAAGUGAUUAA